AUGAGUUCCUCAGAGGCUUCAGAUCUGUCUAUGAAAUUCAAAUCGAAGAAGCCUCUAACCCUAACCCCUAAAUCGAAGCCGGGUUCGGUAAUAUCCGAUCCGAUUCUCACCGCCCCGACGCCGGACAGGCCCUGGCAGCCGGCGCCGCCGCGAGCGCGGAACCGGAACGUCGCGCUGUCAAUCGCGGAUAUCAGACGCGCCGCGGCGAAAAGCGUUGGCGAGAAGAAGGAGCAGAUCGGAUCUGCGAGACGGCAGAUCGCGUUCCCGGAGGAGAGUCCGAAGAAGAAGAAGGCCCCGAAAAAGCUGCCGGAGAAGUAUGAGAUUUUGGGUGAUUUUUUUAAUUGCUUGGAUAGUUCGAUUCGGUUGUUGAAGGCUAAGGGAGUGAAGCCGCUCUUCAGGAAUAUCUGCCCUGCCGUUGAGGAUUUGACUGAUAGGAGGUUUACAUACAGUCACUUGGCUCAGUUGAAGUAUAUUUUGCCUGAGGUGAUUGAGAUAAAGAAAGAGCUUGUGUUUGAUGAACGAACUAGUUGUUUGAAGCCGGAUCUUCAUGUUGCUUUGAAUGUUCAAGCAUUGGAGAUUGAUGGCGAGUCUAAAUCUGAAGGGGGUGGAAUUGCGCAGUUGAAGAAGACACUGAAUUUGAGAAGGGUGUUCCGUGAUCGGCUUGUAAAGGUUUCGAUAUCCCAGCCUGAGGAUUAUGAAAUUCCAGAAGAACCUCUGCCCCGUCCCUUUAACUGCGACAAGCAAGAAAUACAUUCAUAUGGGGUCAAGUUUUCUUCCUCAUCCUCUCCUGGUGAGAUAUCAACUGGUCACCUUCAGGAUGAUGAAAAUCCAGACAAAACACAUCAAAAGUCAUCAAACCAAUCAAUGGAGGAUUUGAAUUUCAACAUAAUCAGAACUCCCAGUCUAUCAUUGCCUAUUAAGACAUCAUGUGAUGUACCUAAAAGCCAGCAACCAGGCAUGGCAUCUCAUUUUUUGGGGUCUUUUCGAAGGCGCUUUUCGCAGAAACCUAUAGGCACUGAGUCAGAGAACAUACAGGAUGAUCCACCGAAGCCGUUCAUUCAAGCUUCAAAUCUUUCAGUUUCAGAGUCAAAUCCCAAUACUGUUCGCUCUGUCAAGGAAGAUAGUAUUGCUGCUUCUUCGCAUAGUCAAGUGCUCAAUACUGUUUGCUCCGUUAAGGAAGAUAGUGUUGAUGUUUCUUGUCAUGGUCAAGUGCCUGCAACCCCAACCAAAAAGAUAGACCCGUUAGAGGAUGAUGGUUUGUCUGCAAAUAAUACUGUCAUUCAGUCUGCUCCAGGAAAGCUUGCUUCAACUCCAAAGCUUGUUUCUACUCCAGCCAGGUUGAUGUCCAGCACACCUGCACCACACCCACCAAAGCGAUGCUUUAUGACCCCAGAGGAUAGCUCGCCAAACAAGUUGGUCAGGCGUCCUCCACGCACCAGAUCAUUGAAAUUUGACACUCCUGUGAAGAGUAGAAAUGCUGAAGAUGUAGGUCUUGAUACAGAUGGCGCUUCAAUUGAUAAGGACAUUCUUGAUAUUCUUCCUGGGGAUCUUUUGCAAUCACUUAGGGAGAAGGAGCGCAAGGCAACAGAGGAGAGAACUCCAGCCAUCACACAAGCUAAGAGGCGGCAGAAAAUGAUUGCCAAACUGCCUAAACUCUUUAACAUGAUUCAUUUCCUUUUUCAGUCGAUGAACCGUUCUUUUAUCACCAAACAGGAGCUUGUACACAAGAUAAUUUGGAACCACUGUGACAUGAUUGACAGAGAGGAUGUUGAAGAGCAACUCAACUUGCUGCAAGAACUGGUUCCAGAUUGGAUUUCUGAAAAGAAACUUGGAGGAGAUUUGCUUGUCAUAAACAUCAAUAAAAAAUCAUGUCCAGAGGCAAUACGAUCCCAUCUUCAAGAAGCAAUCUGAGCUGGAGAAUCCUAGAUUUCUUUAGUUUACUGUAAGAUUCUAACUAAGGACGGUGAAUGGUUUCCCUCCUUCAUUGAGCUCCUCAUGUUUUGGUUAGUUAUUUAGCAUGUAAAGUAAAUAUGGGUGGCCUAAUCAGGUUGUUAGCAUGAAGGCUUUUGUCUAGAGGGAUUCAUAACAAGAGUAGGAUUUGUCCAAAAUAUCUAUUUCCCUUGAUUUCUGGUGUUUUUGUAAAUGAAAGCAAACAAAAGAUUUGAGUCCUGG